AUGGGCAAGAAGAAAAAGGUCUGUAAGGUGUCAUCAGAACCAGAGAAGACACUCAAGUCCCAGAACUCUGUCACCCGUGUCCUAAUCAGAGCUCUGGGGUCCAUAGCUGUAUACUGCACAGGGGUAGAGGACUGUGGGACCCCGAGUGCUGAAUUGCAACAGCAUUUGAAUAUGAUUAAUAACUGUUUUUGUUCCCCCUCGAUCCACCUUCCAAAGGAAUGUGGGAUUCAGAAUAGUAAAGGAUCAUUUCCCAAAAGAGCCAUCAGAAUGGUCUUCUCUACCCCACCCAAACUUGAAAAGCUGGCUUCACAGAGCCUGGUGAGGAAUGAAGCAUUGACCACAUCUGCUGCAGAGUACCUACCAAAGGAAUUCUUCAUACCUCUGUUAAAGGAGGCCGGCACUCAAAGAAAAGCAAAGAUGAUUAAGAUCCUGGUGGAAUACUGGCCCUACCCUUUCUUGCAUGUUGGGUUGCUGAGUUAUAAACCCAACUUUCAGAUCUUCCAGGCUAUACUAGCUGGAGUAGAUACAUGGCUGAAACGGAAGUAUCGCCCGAGGAUGUGCAGGCUUCAACUGGUUGACUUGAGACACCAUGAUGGCACAGAUAUGCAGGAUGGAAGAGAGGAUAGAGCCCACAGAGUAGAAACUGUGCAUAUGGAGCAGGUAUUAGAGGGCCAAUCUAGGUACCCAAGGAAGCAGCGUUUGAAGGUGUUCAGUGACCUUUCCUUUAUGUCUUCUCUGCAUGAAGAUAAACACCAAACAGAGUUGUUGCAGUGGACAAAGGAGAGAAAAGAUUUCCUGCAUCUGUGCUGUGAGAAGUUAGAGAUCGGAGAUGUAAAAGUGUCCAAGGUCAGGGAUGUAUUAAAAUUGUUACAGCUAGAGUUCAUCAAGGAGUUGGAACUGAAUACAGUGGGGAAACUGUCCAAACUGACAAAAUAUGUAUCUUGCAUUAGCAAGAUGAGAAAUCUUGAGAAACUCACGCUAGCACGCAGCUUUGGAACAAGGACUUUCAUACGAGAGGAGAGGCAGAACGUCACCAAGAUCUUUUCUCUGUUCCCCAAACUCAAGUGCCUCAAGCAUCUCACUAUUGAUGAUGUCUAUUUUGUUGGAGACAGCAUGAGAGAGUUGUUCAGGUAUCUGGAGGCCCAGUUGGUGUCCCUCAACAUCACCCUGUGUGGCCUCUCUCAGACAGAUUUGGAUUCAUUUCCCCAGCAUUUGAACUACAGCCAACUUAAACAUCUGUGCUUGAGAGGUGCCACUUUAACUGACUUGAAUGUAGUGCCUCUAAGAGAUUUCUUAGAGAAUGUUGCAUAUAAUCUGGAGACUCUGGAAUUAGAAGACUGUGGAAUGAAAGACUCUCACCUCAGUAUUCUUCAGCCUGCCCUGAUCCAAUGCUCUGAGCUCACUAGCAUCAAUUUGUAUGACAAUGACAUCUCCAUGAGUGUCCUGGUGGGCUUUCUGCUCAGUACUAUAGAUCUGAGUGAGCUGACCACAGAAAAGUACCCUGCUCCAGUAGAGAUCUAUAAUGAGAUGAAUUAUGUUGAUGUAGAGAUGUUUUCUGAGCUUGGUAUUGAACUCAUGAAUGAACUCUUGACUGUAAGGCAACCUGAUUCAGUCAGCUUUGGUUCCAAUGCCUGUUAUGACUGUGGUGAACGUUAUGUCUAUGAAGAUGGGGAGGUCAUAUAUUGUUUGUGUCAGGAGUAA